UCUAAAGCGUCUGAGGAAAUUUGAUUCAUAAUUAAUUUACAGUACGCUGUAACUAUUAGUAUUACAUUACUUAGUCCACCGUCUUACUGAGUACAGUAGACUGUUAAGAGUGGUCGUGUUACUGUAGUAGUUGGUGUUACUAGUGGUCAAUAUGGCUAUUUUUCGUGCCUUUAUUUCGCGACUUUCGUUAUCUUCUCAAGUUACUCAAAUACAGAAAACACUUCCUGCUGUAACAGUGUUUUCCAGGAGCUUUGCUGAUGCCCCUGUACAUGAGUUAAAAUCUUUACUAGCAGAAAAAAUUCAAGAGCAGCAUGUUCAAGUGAAGAGUUUUCGAGAACAGUACGGAAGUAAAGUAGUUGGAGAGAUCACUGUUGACCAGAUAUAUGGAGGUAUGCGAGGAAUCCGAGGUCUAGUAACUGAAACGUCAAAUCUAGAUCCCGAAGAUGGAAUUGAGUUCCGUGACUUUACAAUUCCUCAGAUAAAGAAAUUGUUACCUAAAGCCCCAGGUGGAAGCCAACCUCUCCCUGAAGGGUUGUUCUGGCUUCUUCUAACAGGUGAAGUGCCCUCAGUAGAAGAGGUAAAGUCAGUCUCUAAGAUCUGGGCAGAGAAAGCUGACCUUCCACCCCAUGUAGUGACAAUGCUAAAUAACUUCCCUGAAAAUCUUCAUCCUAUGUCCCAGUUUAGUGCAGCCAUUGCAGCUUGUAAUACAGAAAGCGUAUUUGCCAAAGCUUAUGCUGAAGGUGUGUCCAAACAUUUGUACUGGGAGUAUGCAUAUGAAGAUGCUAUGAAUCUGAUUGCAAAACUGCCUCCAAUAGCUGCCACUAUCUACCGAAACUUGUACAGAGAUGGUAGUGCCAUUGGUGCCAUCGAUGUGGAUAAGGACUGGUCAGCUAACUUUACUUCUAUGCUUGGUUAUGAUAAUCCUGAUUUUACUGAACUCAUGAGACUUUAUCUUGCUAUUCAUAGUCAGGUUUGUGCUGUCUUAUCCUUAUCUCCUGUUUCCUGUGUUUCUCAACCUGCCAUCUUUGGUGCUGAAUCUAUAGGCCAAUAUUUAGGGUUUCCUCACUCACCUAAUGUUGGGGUUUCAUGCCCAUUAUUUUGGGGAUCAACUUCAGUCAGAGUCUGUAUUAUGUUUGUUCAUCCAUUUUGGCAGGAAGUACUUGUGUGGCUGAGAAGGUUACAGAAAGAUCUUGGUCUUGAUGCUACAGAGGCUCAAGUGAAAGAUUUUGUUUGGCAGACAUUAAAAUCUGGACAGGUAAUUCCUGGAUAUGGUCAUGCUGUAUUACGAAGAACAGACCCACGAUAUGUUGUGCAGCGAGAAUUUGCCCUAAAACACCUUCCUGAUGACCCAAUGUUUAAGCUUGUUAGUCAUCUGUACAAGAUUGUACCUCAGAUUCUUCUUGAAUUGGGUAAAGUGAAAAACCCCUGGCCCAAUGUUGAUGCUCACAGUGGAGUGUUGCUUCAAUAUUAUGGAAUGACGGAAAUGCAGUACUAUACAGUCCUUUUUGGAGUUUCCCGAGCACUUGGAACAAUGGCUUCACUUGUCUGGGAUCGUGCCCUUGGUCUUCCUAUAGAAAGACCCAAAUCAAUGACUACAGAAGGACUGAUGAAACUUGUUGGUGCAGUUUAAAUUCAUUAUUUCAAUAUAUUUCAGUAGCUUAUUUUUCAUUCCAUUAUAGUAACUAAGUGUCAAUAAAGACAAAAAAAAUAAGCAACACUUAACAUAUCAAGCUUAGAUAGGAGAAAUGUAAAGUUAUGUGCAGUACAAUAUGUAAUGGAAGUGCAAUAUAUUAUUUUCAAAUGUUUUGCUAGUUUAUUUUACAUUGAAUUUUCUGCCGAAAUAUUACAUCACUGAUAAAGAAAUGGGAAUAUAAAGAAUUGUGUGUUUCUUACUUAUUCAAUAUUAAAGUUUAUUAAAUGAAAGUCAUUUCAAUUAAUAACUUAUAAACAAUUAAAAUUAAUUAGUUAAAAAAGGGUUUUUUAUUCUAUAAAGUUUUGAGAGUUUUAAUCUUUGUUAAAAAAAUGUUAACUACUAUUUGAGAAUAUUGUGUAGUUGAGAUAUCCUUCAAGUGAAUUAAUUAGAGCAGAAUGUGAUUUAAGUAAAGUGUAGUAUUUGGAUAUUUUACUGAAAACUGAUAGAAACUAAUAAGACUUUGUGAAAAAGUAAGUUAUUACUUGCAAUAAUUAUCUACAAUUGUAUGUUUCCUAAAGUUCUGAGUGAUUAUAAAAAAUAAAGUUGAAUGUUUGUAACAAUUGUGUGUAAACAUAGAGGUUGAAAAAUGCAUGUUACAAAUACCAAUAAGUUUCUUGAAUACUUAAAAUUUGUAUGUGAAAUAAGAAAAUUAUGAAGAAAUGCUUAGUAUAAAGCACUAAAUAUUCUUUUGCAUUUCAUUUCAAAAUAAUUAACUUAGUGCUUAUUCAGAUUUUCCUCUCUGGUAUUUCAUUUAAUCUGUGUUUCCAUUACUGGAUUUUUUAUUCUUUUUAUUAAUUAGUAUUUACUAUAAUACCAAAUCAUAUUUUUUUAUAUCUUUAUUACUUAUCAUAUGUAAUGAAGUCUGAAAUAACUUUGUCUUUGAUUUGUUAAGACUUCCUGAUAAUUACACCUACACUUUAGCUGUGUGACAUAUUUUGUUAAUGGUGUCAGUGAAUAAAUGCUGUUUAUAAAACUGUGGAUAGAGGUUGAUUUAUGUUUGUUAAAGAAGGUGAUUCAUUGAUUUAAAUAGCAUCUUAUCUGAAAAUACUUGUUCGAAAAUGUUAUGAAUAAAACCAGCAUGCAUGCAGUAUUUCUGAACUGACACAAACCUUACAAACUGUCUAAUAUUUUAAUGCUUGUAUCAUUAUUAAAGCUAUGAAUAUAUUUGUAAUAAAUACAUUUGCAUACUAAACAAGUUAGAAAAAUAUAUUUUUACUAAUUAGUUUUAGUGAGUAUGUGGCUUGCAGAUUUGAAAAGCCAGGUGUGAUAAGCUAUAAGAAAAAAAAUUGCAUGUUAUGAACGGUAUAUAAAAAAUUUAUAGAAAUAGUCAAAAUAUUUUAAAAAUACUGUAUUUUGUUUUGAGUCGUACUUCAUUCUGUAGUGUUUCUUAUAUUGUUCUUGCUUUAUGCUCACCAAAGAAAGUCAUCUUGAGGUUAAAUUUAGCCUCAUUCACAUUUAAAGUUCUAAAAGAUCAUAAUUUUUUCCAUUUGCAUGAUUUUCUUGUUUGAUACAGUUCCUAUGUAUGGAAGUUAUUUUUUAUACCCAUUACAAUAGCCAUAAACGUUUUCCUAGUAAGUACCAUUUUUGUUCACUGAUUUUCUUACAUAAUGGUCUUUUGAAAAUUCCUUGAUGACAUUUGGACCAGUUUAUAUUAUUUAACUGUUGUUUUUUCUAUCUAUAUUAAAAAUAAUAUUCCUUUUAUACAGUUUUUUUUUUUAUAUAUAUACGAGUAUAUCAUCAUAUGUUAAGUACAUUAUUUGUGUGGUUAUAUGGCUGUUUAAGAAAUGUAUGGUACAUUCAGGAAAGAGAAGCAACAACAAAAAAAAAACUUUUAAGAGACCAUGAAUGUUUCUUUCCCAUAAAAUAAUGAAAGGUAAUAAGCAAUAAUUAUUUUGAAUUUGAAAUAAGACCUUAUUUUCAGUGAUCUGGAAAGAAAAGAAAUGCAAGUUAUCAGUUAUAGUUACCAAAAUACUUUACUCUUUGAUACUUGCUCGUGUAUUAAAUACUAAUGAAAUCUGAUGUUUUUUCUUGAGGUUGUGGUAUUAUACUAUAUUAUCAGUGCCAUGUAACUUUGAGAAAAUUGCUUAUAAAUACUCUUUGAUUGAAUUUGAAAUACAGAGAUGAAUGUUUUUUUUUAAUUCAGAGAUAAUAUCUUACCUUACAACAUGCCUCAAAAAAUAAUUUUCCAAAAUAAAGUUUUACUUGGAUAACUUUUAAACUUCAGGUUUCUUCUGAAGUAUUUUAUCAUAAUUUCUUUCUAAUUUUUUUAGUUGUAUUGCUAUUAAUCUUCAGUUGUAAUUAUUGUAUUUUUAUAUGUAUAACACCAACGCGUUUAUUAAACAAGUGAAAGUGUAAUCAAAGGUAAAGUAAAAAAAUAAACACUGAUCUAUUUUUAUUUCAACAAAUUCUGAAAAUCCUUUUAGGAAGCUAUUAUCAGAUAAUAAAUAAAAGUGCAUCUUGUAUUUUUGCAUAAAAGAAUGAUAAAUCAUGCAAGUGAGUAUGUUUUUGUGUUAAAUGUGUACAAACAAUGCUUUGCAUGUCAGGAUUUUAUUGCCAGUAUUUGUAAAUUGGUUGGGUAUGUGUGUGAGAGUGGCACGUCAGGUUUUUACCAUCUGUGUUUGUAGAUUGGUUAGGUAUGUGAGUGGAGUUGUAUAUCAGGGUUUUACCACCUGUGUUUGUAGAUUGGUUAGGUAUUUGAGUGGAAGUUGUAUAUCAGGGUUUUACCACCUGUGUUUGUAGAUUGGUUAGGUAUGUGAGUGAAAGUUGUAUAUCAGGGUUUUACCACCUGUGUUUGUAGAUUGGUUAGGUAUGAGUGGACAUAGUACAGUUCUGUUAAAGAGUAUCAGGAUGCCUAAAGCAGGUUAUUGUCUCUAGUUCAGUAUACUGAUGGUAUAUGUAAGGCAGUUUGUGAUUCAUGGAGAGUCUGUGAUCUUGUAUGAUCCAAGAGUUGUUGAUUACACUUGUUAAUUGUUACUGUCGUUUUUUCAUGCUUCAUUGAUCUAUAUAAACUACAAGUUUCUGAAUUUCUUGUAGUUUUAAAGUAUUUCAGUUCAGUACUUCAAUAAGCAUGUCUGGUGUGUCCCACAACUGUUUCUAAUGAAUGAAAGAACUCCAAAAUUUCAACUUUCUAAUGUUAUUGAAGCAGUUUGAAGUACUGGAAUGUGACCUUUAAUUGAAAUAAAUGAUUCACACUCAUCAGCUAAAAUAAACAGUUUUAAACUCAUUUAUAAAUAUUGAAAUGGUGAUUAAAAAUAACUAUUCUUUUGAAUAUUCUUCCUCAUAUGGCGAACAAAAAGAAUUCAUGAAGUGUCAUUAUGAUUAAAAAUAUUUUUGUAUUGGAAAUGGACCACUGUGUUUUAACAUUAUGAGUAUGGAUUGAUAUAAUUGGUUUUUGAAUAAGGAUUAUUACCAUAUUAGGUAUGCAAACUGAUAUUAUGAAAUGAAUAAAUUUAUAUAAUAUUUAUACCAAAUCUAGUUUACAAUUCUGUGAUAUGGUGCAACCUCUUGGUUAUUAGCUAGUAGUUGGUACAUUAAAAAAGUAUUUUCAGUGUAUAGUUACAAUGAAAAGGAUACUCUUCACAGUUACUUGUCUGCUUCAUCAUACCUUUAGGAAGAGAUGCUACAUGGAAUAAAAUGUACCAGUUUGUUCAGAAUCUGUCAGAAGUGUUUGAUAAAUUGUUAUGUAAGGGAUUUAAAAAUAUCAUUCUUAGUGUAACAUUUUUGAAUGAUCCUUAAGUCGCAACUUUAUAUUGUGUGCAAAUUUAUCAUGCUGAAAAUAAAAACUAUUUCUUUGAUAUUA